UCAUUGUGACAGUUGCUGUCCCGAGUCAUGUUUUUCUGCUGAGUUUUUUUCUUUCGCUUGUUUUAAUCUUUCGAUUGUUGAGCAAUUAGAAAUAAUUUACCACAGUCUGCAAGGGUUCCUCCACUCCAGUACAAGCAUUAACGACAAGUGCGCUUAAACCAAAGAAAUCACUCACUUUGUUCGGGGUGAUAUACUAUAUUGAAAGUGUCGCACUAUCGCACCACCCAUACGGGAGCGAAAGCACGACUCGCGACUAGAGCGGCCAACAAGUGAACCAAAGGAAUUUCAUUCAUCAGUAUUCGAUGCAAGUGCGAGGAAGGUGCUGCUGCUGCUACUGCUACUGGCGUCGUGAGUAGUGGUGGAGUAUUCUGACAAGAGUCUGUCUGCCCUUUGUUGGUGUCCGAAAACGAGACGACAAGACGACGAGGAAGAAUAAGCAGAAACCUAUAUGUAAACAACAGUGAUGAGGUGGACAAGUGCCUGAUCGGAUCGAGUAAUAGGGCGUGCGAACGGAAACGGAAGGAAGGAAUCGAAGAGGAAAGUUAGCCCGAAGAUGUUGCUCCAGUCGGUGCUUUUGGCUCUGGCAGCAGCUGUCUGCGUGCGUCUGUUGUACCUGUUGGUGGUGAUACGACGGAGUUCCCGGGACAAGGCGGGACUGAUUGCGACAAAGCGGAAAGGUCCUGCGAAAACCAUGAUUGUGAUGGGAUCUGGAGGUCACACCGCAGAAAUGCUGCAAAUCGUGGAGGGAUUGGAUUUUACCAAAUACACACCCCGACAGUAUGUAAUUGCGGCUGCGGAUAAAACGAGCGUCGUAAAGGUCAUCGAUGUGGAGGUUCGCCGCGAACCGGAUUUGGCUAAACAGGAUUACGAAAUUGUAGCAAUCACCCGGAGUCGGCACGUUCAGCAGAGCUACUUCUGCUCGGUAUUCACCACUCUGACCGCAAUCAGCAACAGUAUACCGGUGGUGGUGCGCUCCCGGCCGGAUUUGAUCCUCACCAAUGGUCCUGGGACGUGCGUGCCUAUCUGCUUGGUAGCGUUCCUGACCAAGCUCUUCUUUUACAACCGUAACUGUAAAAUCGUGUUCGUCGAGAGCUUUUGCCGUGUAAGAAGUCUCUCACUCAGCGGUAAAAUACUGCUCUGGAUAACGGAUUUGUUUGUGGUGCAAUGGCCCGGGCUGGUAAAGGGCAGCGGGGACGGUCGAAAAGUCGAAUACUUUGGGCGGUUAUCGAGAUAGGAGAUAAUUGUUAGUCAGACCAGAUUCGAACACAAAUGAGCCCUCCGCAAAACAGAGAUAACAGGCGAGUGAGUGAGAGAAAGAGAGAAUGUACAAGCAGCUAGAAAUGAAAGAGAAUGCGCGAAUUAAAAUUGAGAGUGAAUCUAGUGGAAAGUUAUGUAUCUUUAUCACUAUUAUCUAAUUACGGUUAUAAACUAGGAUUACUAGUGUUGGUGUAUCAUUGUUUUCUGUCUCGAAAUAUUUUAUAAAUAAUUUAUACAAUAA